AUGCACGACGCGGCUGGUCGCGGUGCGAACACUGUGAAGUGGCGCGAUGAUGGCAAUGAGGUAUCGGAAAAUGGAGAUUACCGGAGCGAUCGCCCGUCGCCCGAGAAUCAAGGUUCAAUCAAGGAGCAGCCAAGUGCGAGAUGGAAAGUGGCGGUUAGUGGCCGGAGCCUCGUCGGGUCCUAA